CUUUUCUUCCAUUAUUAUUAUCCAUGUCUAGUAUUUAAUUACUGUUGGCAUUGGUCAUCCAAAAAAACAAUUCAAUUUGAUGUUAGAUACAGGUUCAUCAGUUUUAUGGGUACCUUCUAGUGCAUGUGAUGAAAAAAAUUGCCCUGGGUCUUCAACGUCUACAUUGUUUGAUUCUUCACAAUCCAGCUCAUAUAUAGGUGAUAAGAAUAAUAGGUUUUUCAUGGAUUAUGGUGUAGGCCAUUGUAUUGGCGAAUCAGGUCAAGAUUCCGUGUUUAUUGGAGUCAAGGAAAUUGAACAUCAAAAGUUCGGUGUUGCCAAUAAAAUCUCCAAAGAUCUACUGGUGGAUGGUGUCAAUGGAGUAUUUGGUCUAGGUCCUCCUGUUACAACUCAAGUAUUCAAUCAAAAUAAGGAAAAAUGGAAAACCCCUCUUGAACAACUCUUUGCUAAUAAAGCUAUUGAUCGGAAUAUGUUUAGUAUCUAUCUAGAUGAUAUAGAUAAUAUCGAGGAAUUUGAGUCUGCAAAUGGACAAUUGACUUUGGGUGAUUUGCCACCUCGGGAUUCUUAUUCUGGUGAUAUUCAAUGGGCUCCUUUACUUGGUGGUAAUUUGCUACAAUAUUAUUGGGCGAUCAAAUCAAAUGGAAUAAAAUUAGACAACGAAUAUAUUUCUGGUGAUUUGAUUGGCAUAGUUGAUACAGGUACAACCAUGAUCAUCCUAGCUCCUGAAUAUGGAAAUCGUGUGAUAGAAAGUCUCAAAAUAACUGAAUUUGACGAGGAAAAAAGAUUGUAUACGGUGGAUUGCAACAAGGUUCGUUCUCUACCGACACUCACAUUUAUGAUAACUGAUGGUGUGACACUAGUAUUGACUCCUGAACAGUACACGGUUCCUCACUGGCAAACCACUCUUUGGCAAAACAAUGAUGCUCGAUGUCCUCUUUAUAUUUCUACUGAUUCAUCCGAUAAAUUUGACUUUGUCUUUGGCCAGAAAUUCUUGGAACAUUAUGUUACUAUCUAUGAUGUGGACAAUAAACAAAUAGGAUUUGCUCCUAGUGUGCAUAACAAGGCUUCGAAAUAGUAAUGUGUUUUUUUUUUUUUUUAUUUUGAUUUUUAUAAUAAAAAAUUUGCUAGUCUUUAUUUUUUUUUUA